AUGAAACCCGCCCCUGCACCGGCAGUGAAGAUACGUCCCCCAGCGGAGCAUCAGAUGAAAGGAACAUACGAUCCGAAUUAUCAAACACUGGCAGGGUUGAACAAUGAGGAAGUCUUCAAGAGGAAGGAUGGUGGCGUAGAAGAGGCUGCUGGAGGCGGUGGCGGACUGAAAAUACGUGCUCCAGCAGAACAUCAAAUGAAAGGAACUUAUGAUCCAAACUAUCAGACCCUAGCAGGAAUGAAUAACGACGAAGUUUUCAAGAGAAAGGACGGUGGAAGCAAGGACGACAUGAAGAAGGCUAGCGGCGAGUUCAAAAUACGGCCUCCUGCUGAUAAUCCUGCGGAAAAGAAAGGAACGUAUGAUCCCAACUAUCAAACCUUGGCCGGAAUGAACAAUGAUGAUGUUUUCAAAAGAAAAGAUGAGAAUAACUUCAAAAAAGAUGACGGUGGAAAUGAAGACGGUGCACCAAAAAUAAGAGCUCCACAAGAAAAGCGUAUAGUCGGAACGUACGAUCCAAAUUAUCAGACGCUAGCCAACCUUGGAAACGAUUGCUUCGGGCAGGAUAAGAAAAAACCGGAAGGUCCAGACUUCCUGACGUACUAG